UAUUUAUUUAGAUUACCAGAAUUAAUAUUUGCCCAAAGAUCAAUUAGGCACAAUGUCGCUAUUUUUGGUUUUAUUAUUUCCUUUAACUAAUUGUUAUUUUCUCGAUUCAAAUUCAAAUAAAAUCACGCGAACAAAACGAGAGACUGAAUUUUGUCCCCGAGAACGCACCCCCUGUGUGACACCGAUGAAGUAUUCAGAUACGGAACGUUUCAAAUGUGACGACGCGUGCCCUUUUGGCUACAAUUGUUGUCCAGACACUUGCUUUCAACACAAAAUUUGCAAAAAAAGUUCAAAUAGUUUAGAGUUUUGCCCCCGAGACAAAAAUCUCUGUUCGACGCCACUGCCUUGCGGAAAAACUAAAGAAUUUUCGUGUUUUGAUGACAAUGAGUGUCCCUCGGGUUACGUCUGCUGCAAGGACAGUUGUUUCGUACACAAAAUUUGUAAGGAGAAGGUUUCAAUUGUAACAACUCCACUUUCGGUAACGGAACAAGAAGAAACAACUACAGAAAAAGAAGACGAGGAAACAACUCCACUUCCUACAACAACGGAAACAGAAGAAAAAACAACUCUUGUAACAACAGAAGAUGAAGAAACAACUCCAGUUCCUGCAACAACUGAAGCAGAAGAAGAAACAACUCUUGUAACAACAGAAGAUGAAGAAACAACUCCAGUUCCUGCAACAACCGAAGCAGAAGAAGAGACAACUUUUGCAACAACUGAAGCAGAAGAAGAAACAACUUUUGUACCAACAGAAAGGGAAGAUGAGGAAAUGUCUUCAGUUCCUACAACAGGCGUGGCAGAAGAAACAACUUCUGGAACAACAGAAAACGCAGAAUCUCCGAUUUCCACAACAACAGAAGACGAUUACUUGGAAGAAUAUUAUGAUAAAAUAUAAGACUAAAUGACGUGGCAAAUGCGUCAAGCUAAAUAAACAUUUAUAUUGCAUUCAAGUUCCGCUUAAAAUUACCUUCAAAUAUUUGAUGUGUUUGAUAAGUGGUGUUAAAUCUGAUUCUAUCACGAUUUGAGUCAUUUUUAAGUGCAAAUUGUAAGUUGUUGAUGUGAAUAAAACUGAGAAAAUGUUUUCGCUUCUUUUCCUUCUUAUCCUGUCUGUGGACUCUCGAGUUUUGCCAAAAAUUAAUGAUGCAUUAAACAGAAUUGUGAAACGUGAGGCUUCUUGCCCCCCUGAAGCAUACUCAUGUCCCCAGCCAUUGAAAUACGAAGAUACUCAAAUUUUCUUGUGUAAUAAUGACUGUCCUGAAGGAUACACCUGCUGUAGUGAUUCAUGUUUCCAGCACAAAAUAUGUAAACCAACAGAAAAAUCUAAACCUAAUUCUACAAGUGUACAGUACCGGUGUACCAACCCUGUUGAUUAUGAAACAAGUAAAAAUCUGUUGUGUAAUGAUGACAGGGAAUGUCCUUCAGGUUACGCUUGUUGCGAAGAUAGUUGUUUUGAGCAUAAACUGUGCCAAGAGACAUGUGAAGCCGAUCUGAUCUAUAUUGACGAAAAAAACGACGAUAAAAAUGAGCAAGAUAAAGAUAAAAAUAACAAAGAUAACACUGACAAAACUGAAGGCAGUGGAAAUGAUAAUGAGGAGAGAAAUGAAGAAGACACAGAAAAUAACGAUAAAGAGAGCAGCGGCAAUAACAAUAACAAAGAACAUCAAGAUGACGCGGGUGAUAAAGAAGGUAGCGGUUACAACGACAAUGAAGAUAAAGAUAACGAGGAAGAACAUGUCGAUUCUGAAGAUAAAGGUGGAAACAAUGAAAAUACCGGAGGCAAUGAUGAUAACGAUAUUAAUGACCAAGAUGAAAAUCACGAAGAUAAUAAAAACAACAGCAGUGAUAAAGAUAACGAUAAUGAGGGUAGCGGUAAUGACGAUAAUGAAGAAAACGAUAAAGAAAGCAGCGGUAAUAACGAUGAUGAUGAAAAUAAUGAAAAAGAGGGUAGUGAUAAUAACGAUAAUGAUGACCUGAGUAAAAACGACACAGACAAUAAAGAGAAUAGCGGUGAUAAAGAUAGCGAUAAUGAGGGUAGCGGUAAUGACGAUAAUGAAGAAAACGAUAAAGAAAGCAGCGAUAAUAACGAUGAUAAUGAAAAUAAUAAUGAAGAAGGUAGCGGUAAAGACGAUAAUGAUGACCAGAGUAAAAACGACGCAGACAAUAAAGAGAAUAGCGGUGAUAAAGAUAGCGAUGAUGAGAGUAGCGGUAAUGACAAUAAAGAUAAUGAUAAAGAGAGCAGCGGUAACAUCGAUGAUGAAGAUGAAAACAAUAAAGAAGGUAGUGGAAAUAACGAUAAUGAUCACCUAAAUAAUAAAGAAAAUGACGGUGAAGAACGCAGUGGUAAUAACAACGAUAAUGAUAAAGAGAGUAGCGGUAAUAACGAUAAUGAAUUGUAUUUCGAAACUGACGACAAAAGAAAAGAUGAAGAAAAUAACGAAGUCAAUGAAAACAACCGUAAUGACAAUGAUAGUAAAAAAGGGGAUAAAGAAAAAAGCGAUUACCAAGAUUACGAUAAAGAGAGCAGCGGUAAUAACAAAGAUGAUGAAGAUAAUAAUAAAGAAGAGGGCAGCGGUAAUGAUCAAAAUAAAGAUGACGAAGGCAACAAAGAAACUGAUGGUAAAGAAAGUAGCGGUAAUAACGACGAUGAUGACAAAAAUAAUGAGGAAGAGGGCAGUGGUAAUGACGAUGAUAAAGAAAAUAGUGGUAAUAACAAUAUUGAUCAAGACAGUGAAGAAUUAUAUUUCGACAACAAAAAUAAAGAUGAAAAUACGAAAGAUAACAGAAACAAAAAAGAGAUCAACAGUUAUGAGAAAGAUGAACUUCAAAAUAAAAAUAUUAUAGACAAGGAUAAGGAUGAGAGGAACAGUAGUAAUGAUAAUGACGGCGGAAAUGAAGAAACCGAUAGAAGAAAUAAAGACAAAAAACAAAAAAAUAUUUACGAAGAUGAAGAUUAUGUUUAUGAAGAUGGGAAUAACGACAACGUUGGAAAUUCUCCGGCGCUUCAAAUUUUUAACGAAUCUGUACCUCUACAAAAGGAAAUUUAUUAUUUUGCUUAAAUUAAUUUGUGUUUUUACGAAUUGUACGUAGGCGCUUGUUUUUUACGUUUGUAGCUUGUAAGGACACAAUAAAAAAACACUUUAAAAAAUAA